AUACUGGUAAACUAUAAACACAAUGGCCAAAGGACGCACCUGUGGAUGGCUGUGGAGCCCCCGGUUUCACGGUGUGCUGGUGGGGCUGCUAGUGCUCGUGAAUGCCAUCUCCUCCAUCAUGGCUUCGGCCUACCUUCAAGUGAAGUUUGACGACUUCCGGAAGGUUCCGGAUGAGCUGUCCCUGUACUAUCGGUACGCAACGAUUGAUAUUAUAUUCGUGGCAAUUGUACUGCUGGUUGUGAUUGCAUACUUCGUCGGAAUCAUGAGCGUGAACGAGUACUACAUCAUCCCGUUCGGGAUACUGCUCCUGCUAGACUUCAUGGGUUACGUUGCAACGGAGAUGGCAACAACGCUGAACAGCGACAAGCCCGAACUGUUCCAGGGCCGUACGGCAGGAACCGUAUUCGAAAUCGCUGUUUUCGGUUACAUGUUUGUGACGGUGUUCUGCCUGUUCCGGGAUCUGCAGCGCAAUCGGCACAUGCAGGAGGAACGUUUGCGCGGCUACCGCAGCUUGAGCAGCAGCACGGAGCACAUAGAGAUGUGAUUCGGAGGACGAAGACGCGCGCCCAACACAGUAUCGAGUGUAGUGUUUAUAGAGCAUCAAGCGAGUAACUGUAUUGUUAUUAUUAAGUGUGUGCCGAGAGAGAGAGAGGGGAAAUGUUUCAAACAUUCCAACCAAUUCACACCAGUGUCAUUAUGAUAACUCACAUUCCAAUCCUACCAACAAAAAAAAAACCGAUAACACGCCAUUGUUUGUUUAGUUUGUUUAGUUAGAGUGUUGUAUUAAUUAUGGAAUAUAAAACAGCGAAACCCUCUUCGACUAGCCCACCUGUUUAGUGCGAUAGGAGCUUUGAGUUCGGUUCGGAUUGGUGUGCUACUAUUAGCUGGAAGUAAGAAGUGCCUUGAGGAAAAGGUAGAA